AUGAAAGAAGAGGAAGAAGAGGAGAGGAAAAGAAAAGAGAAGAAGAGAGAAGGAGAAAGGAAAAGAGAGGAGAAGAGAGUUAGAGAAAGAGGAGAGAAAAGUAAAGAAGAGAAGAGAAGACAAGAAAAGGAAAAAAAGACAGGAAAGAGAAAAGAAGAAAGGAAAGCAGAGAAGUCGAAAGAAAGAAGAGAGAAGAAAGAAGAGAAGAAAAAGAAAGAAAGAAGAAAAAGAGAAGAAGAGAAAGAAGAAGAAAGAGCAGAAGGAGAAGAAGGAGAGAAAGAGAGAAGAAGAAAAGAAGAAGAAGAAGUAGAAGAGAAGAGAGACGAAAAGAAAGAAGAAGAAGAGAGAAGAAGAAAGAAGAAGAAGAAGAAGAAGAAGAGAAAAGAAGAAGGAAGAGAAGAAAGAGAAGAAGAAGAAGGAAGAAGAAGAGAAGAAAGAGAAGAGAAAGAUAAGAAAGAAAGAGGGAGAAGGAGAGAGAAGAAAGGAGAAAAAAGAAAGAGAGAAAAAGGAAAGGGAGAGAGAAGAGAGAAGAAAAGAAAGAGAAUAGAAGCCGAAGAAAAGAAGAAAGAAGAAGAAAAGAAAAGGAAAGAAGAAGAAGAGUAG